UUGGGGAAUAGGAGGUAGUCAGGUAGUAUACAAAUGGUUAUCGUUGUCUUGAUAUUUUGUUCUGUCCUUCCGUUUAUCGAACCUUUUCCGAUUUCAGCGAAAAACCAAAGCUAUGGAUGAAGAAGAGCAUGAGGUUUACCGAGGAGAUAUUCCCGUUAAUGGAGACAUGGAAGGAGAUAUGGAUCCUCAUAACCCCGAUGUUAACAUUUCUUCCGCUGAUGCAGAUGUCUAUAAGGAACUUGAUGAAAUGAAGAAGAGAAUAAAGGAAAUUGAAGAAAUUGCUGCUGCUCUUCGUGAGAUUUGUGACAAAGUUGAGAAGAAAAUGGAUGCUGAUCAAGAUCCUGCUAGUGUUGCCGAACUGGUAAACAAGGAGGUGGAUUCGCGGUCUGUUUAUGUUAGCAAUGUUGAUUAUGCUUGCACCACUGAAGAUGUGCAGCAACAUUUUCAAGCUUGUGGAACAAUUAAUAGAGUGACCAUUCUGACUGACGAGUUUGGCCUGCCAAAGGGUGUUGCGUAUGUGGAAUUUGAGGAACAGGAUGCUGCCCAACAGGCUCUUAAAUUGAAUGAAUCUGAAUUACAUGCCCGUCAGUUGAAGGUGCUACCCAAGAGAACAAAUGUGCCAGGCAAGAAACAAUAUAGGGGAUGGUAUUUCAAUCCUUAUAUGGACUUCUACCCCGGACCAUACUUCUAUGACCCAUAUAGCUAUGGGAAGGCUCAUAGAUCCAGAAGGCCAACUCGGUACGAGCCAUAUUCCUAAGGAAAAUUCUCUGGCAGAAGGAUUUUUUCGGUAGUACAUAGAUUCUGAAACUUGCCGUCUUGUAUAUGUUAUCAACCUUGAAUCACUGUUCAGAUGUAUGACAUUUUAUUUUUUGAGGCUCGUUGAAUCAUGAUAGAUGACAAUUUCGGUCUUGAUUGAUCAGUUUCCACUGU